UUUAUUUGUUGCAUUCUGUUUGAGUGCACGCUCUGAACACGUCAUUCUGUGCAGCAAAGUGAUCGAAAGCGGUCAACUUCAAACUUAGCAUUUAAGCAACAACAAUCAACAUGGAUCGCUGGGUGGGCAAGACAGCCGUGGUGACGGGCGCGAGCUCAGGCAUCGGCGCCGCCAUCUGCGUGGAGCUGGCCAACGCUGGCAUCAACGUCGUCGGCGUCGCCAGGAGGACAGGACCAAUCGAAGAGUUAAAGGCACAAGUCAAAGGCAAGGGCUCCAUCACAGCUCGGCAAUGCGACGUGUCCAGCCCGGAGGCUGUGGCGGCGACCUUCAAGUGGAUCGACGACAACCUUGGCUGCGUCCACAUCAUGAUCAACAACGCGGGGAUAUUCACACAAGGAGGAAUCACUGACGUUGGCGGCGACAUGAUAAGCGAGAAGGACAUAAUGUCGGUCAUUGACAUCAACUUGAAGGGACCCAUACUGUGCUCGAGACACGCCAUCGCUUCUAUGACGAGAAAUAACUUCGACGGACACAUUGUUAACAUCAACAGUAUCGCGGGCCACUACGUGCCGUGGUCGUCCAAGUUCAACGUGUACGCGAGCAGCAAGUACGGCCUCACCGGGUUUUCCGCCUCGCUGCUCAACGAGCUGGCUGACCAUAAGAACAGGAUCAAAGUUACUAGCGUGUCCCCGGGGCUGGUGCGGACGGCGAUGACGGUGGCUGCGGACGACAGUGAGAUGCCCGCACUGACUCCCAAGGACGUCGCCGAUGCUGUACUCUAUGUCAUCUCUACCCCGCCAACAGUAAACAUAAACGAGCUCACAAUAACACCAGUGACUGAAAGGAGGUUGUAAUUAAAAGAACUACUUUAUUGACUACAACAUUUUGGCACAACACUAUACACUAAGUUAAGGAGACUACACGGAGGCAUUUGAGAAGGAGGACGAGGCGAGGCCCAGCAUGCUGGUGCCGAACUGCAGCAGUGCUCGGAGGACGUCCAUCUUCAGGGUCCACAGCGGUGACGUGGAAGACUGUGACGAGUGUGAGGACUGCGACUGCACAAAAA